GCUCUAGAUUGUGUCUCAGAGGUACUAGCGAUGCAUCUGAUGUCAUGAAGGUUUCGGUGUUGCUAUCGUUUGUGGUGAUCUUUUGUGCUCAGAACCUGUUCCACCUGAUCGAUGGAGCCAUGACGCUAAAGCAACUAACCAAUUCCAUGGAUAUGAUGCGUCAGGCCUGUGCGCCCAAGUUUAAACUGGACGAAGCGGAACUUUACGGAUUGCGCAAGUCGGUGUUUCCUCCGGACCCGGACAAAGAACUGAAGUGCUAUACCCUGUGCAUCGCACAAAUGGCUGGGACUAUGACCAAAAAGGGUGAGUUGAGUUUCUCCAAAACGAUGGCGCAAAUCGAAGCGAUGGUACCACCGGACUUGAAACCCAUGGCAAAAGAAGCGUUAACCCAUUGCAAAGACACGCAGGCGUCCUUUAAGGAUCCUUGUGACAGGACGUACUUCUCAGCCAAGUGUGCCGCUGAUUUUGCCCCGGAUGCGUUUAUGUUCCCGUGAGACGUCGAUGGAUCAUUGGAACAAUGGAACAAACAGGAAAUGGAACUGGAAACGGAAAAACUGGAAGCGCAAGGCCUGUAGUAGUGUUAGGGAAGCAGAUUUGGUCGGGUCGGAAUUGUGAGCUUUAGUCGAUGCACCUCUCAGCAACGUAAACUAGAAUACGAUCGAACAGUUUAUCGGCGUUUUAGUGUAUAACU